UUAACUGGACUGAGCUGGAAGAACAAGACGCGUUGAGGGACAGAGUGUCAGGAUGAGUGUGAGAUGGGAGACAGAGGGGUUACAGACCGUGGGCAUCGUCUGCCUGGUCAUCAUGUUUCUCAAACUCAUGCAUCUGCUUGGACUCAUAGACAUAACUGAGACAGACGACAGCAGUGACAGUGACCUCGAGCUGUCCACGGUUCGACAUCAGCCCGAGGGUCUGGAGCAGCUGCAGGCUCAGACCAAAUUCACCAAGAAGGAGCUGCAGUCCCUUUAUAGGGGCUUCAAAAACGAGUGCCCAAGUGGUUUGGUUGAUGAGGAAACUUUCAAGACCAUCUACUCUCAAUUCUUUCCCCAAGGGGAUGCCACCACAUACGCCCACUUCUUGUUUAAUGCGUUUGAUCUUGAUAGAAAUGGCUCAAUUCGUUUUGAGGACUUUGUGAUUGGUCUGUCUGUGUUGUUGAGAGGAUCUGUCACUGAAAAGCUCAACUGGGCUUUCAACCUUUAUGACAUCAACAAGGAUGGAUACAUCACUAAAGAGGAGAUGCUGUUAAUCAUGAAGUCAAUCUACGACAUGAUGGGCAGGUACACUUACCCCUGUGUGCGAGAUGAAGCUCCAUCUGAACAUGUGGAAAAGUUCUUCCAGAAAAUGGACAGAAAUCGAGAUGGUGUGGUCACUAUUGAGGAGUUUAUUGAGACCUGUCAGAAAGACGAAAACAUCAUGAACUCCAUGCAGCUCUUUGAAAAUGUGAUUUAGGACAGGAGUGGAGCGAUCUAAAGCUAAAACAGCCCUCAAUGUCCCAAUCCAGUUCUCUCCACAUGUCUAUAUACCAAACUAGCACAGCAGUCACUCUCUGUCUUGUCCUGUAGCACUACUCUCAUGCCUGCUGCACUCCGUAGAAUCGUAUAGACCAACACUUAGCCUACAGUAUGGCAUCACAGUUUGUACUUCACAGCAGGACUACUUUUAAAAAGAAAAGCCUGGACGGUCGGGAUCCUUCCAGUUGCUAAAUACCGGCAACCGUGUGGUGGAACUUUCUGAUCUGAAUAAACAAAUGACGUAGCAUAGCCACGUUUUGUAUCACUGGUUGAUGGAUUCCCAUGGGCUCUCUGACGUCCAUAUAAAAACCAUCACCACUCUGGACUGCUUUCUUCUGCCUUACGAAUGAGGGACGUUACAAGACUCAAUCUCAACUUUCCAGAUACCAUAGUUUGAAGGAGAGUACAGUAACUAUGGAUUUCAAGGGACCCAAAGGAGCGUCUAGCACCAAUGACGAUUUGAAGCACACCGCAUAAUACUCACCAAAAGAACAAGAUUAAUGUGAUGAAAACCAACCUGAAGCAUGCCUGUCCAAAUAUGUGAGAUAUUUGUGAUUUUCUUGCAUGGAGACUGACAAAGUUGUACAUUUUCUUCCUUGUAAGCCAGUAGGUCCCACAGAAGACUGUAAGCAAACUAAAGCAACUGUAUGCGUGAAGUUACAUAGUGUACCAGUGUUUAUAAGUUCUGUAUUGCACAUAUCAGUGGGGCCAGGAUGAUUUGUUUGGUCAAAUUUGAUUCUUGCACAGCAAUGGGGUAUAUUAAAAGUUAUAUAUACAGUGUAGGCAUUUUAGAAGUAUAGAAGUAUGUGUUUUAUUUUCAGGAAUGUAUUUAUUUGUCAGGCGGCGUCUAAUGGAAUGCAGGGUUCGGGCAUGAACGGACAUGUCCUGGUUAUUAUUUAUUAUUAUGCUCAUUUAAAAAAAGAAAUCAUUUUUGCUAUAUAUAUAUAUAUAUAUAUAUAUUUGAAACAGACUGAGAUAUAUACUGUACGAGAGGCUUGUUUAUCUUUAUUUUUUGCUUUCGCCCACAUGGUUUGUAAAGGUUACAUAUUAUUUCAUUAAGUACAGUACACAAUGGGCAAUCUUGGGAAUCUCCUUGUUAUAUGACAGUUGUAUUAUCAGGAAUAUGGAUAUAUAUUUUGCUCUUACGCAACAAUCCCCUUUUAUUUGGGGAUGGUGGGAAACUAUUGCUCAUCUAUGAAGGAACAAAUACUAUGAUGAAGGUGAAGUUAAAGAUUCAAAAGUCAGUUUUCAGUUCACUUUCAGUAGCAACACCUAAAUUAUACCUAAAAGCUCUUAUUUAUUUAUUCUUUGUUUAUUUGGUUGGAGCAGUUUAAUGUAGAUCCAAUGAAUAAAAG